GGGAUCAGUCCUACAGUCAUGGCGUCCGGGAAGACGGUGGAUUUCAGCGCUUCCCGCGAGUAAGCGCCGAAAAACCCGUCAAUCGCCACUUCAGCCGCCGCGCCGCGCGUUAUUUCCAGCGGAAUAUCAUUUAACAGCGCACACGCGGACGUAUCAGCUCACAGCGAGUGCUCAUUCAGCUAUUAAAGGUGGGUUUGCAGCAGUAUGGUGGAGCCUGAGGAGCGGCCCUCGGUGGCGGGGCAGAGACUCGGGGCGCCUGAGAGCCUGGGCAUCAGCACACUGGAGCCCGGACAGCGGCCCCCCACCAUGCCCCCCGGCAGACAGAUCUCCAUCCGCGUCCAGAUGCUGGACGACACUCAGGAAGUCUUCGAGGUCUCGCAACGGGCUCCAGGGAAGGUGCUGUUUGACCUGGUUUGUUCUCAUCUGAACCUCGUCGAGGGCGAUUACUUCGGUUUGGAGUUUCAGGAUCAGCGGAAAAUGAUUGUGUGGCUGGAUCUGCUGAAGCCAAUACUCAAGCAGAUUAGACGACCCAAAAACAUCAUCCUGAGAUUUGUGGUGAAGUUUUUUCCUCCUGAUCACACACAGCUUUUAGAGGAGCUCACCAGGUAUCUGUUCGCUCUGCAGAUUAAACAUGAUCUGGCCUGUGGACGCCUGACCUGUAAUGAGAGCAGCGCCGCCCUGCUGGUGGCUCAUAUAGUGCAGUCUGAGAUUGGAGACUUUGAUGAAGUGCAGUGUAAACAACAUCUGCUCAACAACAAGUAUAUUCCAGAGCAGGACACACUGAUGGACAAGAUCAUUGGAUACCAUCGCAAACAUGUUGGACAAACACCAGCUGAAUCUGACUACCAGCUUCUGGAGAUCGCACGGAGACUUGAGAUGUAUGGAGUGCGUCUUCAUCCGGCAAAAGAUCGAGAGGGUACAAGACUCAGCCUCGCCGUGGCUCAUUCUGGUGUUCUGGUCUUUCAGGGGCACACCAAGAUAAAUGCAUUCAAUUGGUCUAAAGUCCGGAAACUGAGCUUCAAGAGGAAACGCUUUCUCAUAAAACUACGGCCUGAUUUGAAUAGUAACUGUCAGGAUACUCUGGAGUUUAUGAUGGGAAGCAGGGACUGCUGUAAGGUGUUCUGGAAGAUCUGUGUGGAGUACCAUGCCUUUUUCCGCCUGUUUGAAGAACCCAAACCCAAGCCUAAACCAGUUCUGUUCACCAGAGGUUCCUCCUUCAGGUUCAGUGGCCGCACACAGAGGCAGGUGAUUGAUUAUGUAAAGGACACUGAAUUCAAAAAGGUUCCAUUUGAAAGAAAACACAGCAAAAUCCAGUCCAACAGCAAUCUUUCUCCAUUCCCAUCCAGGCAGAGUGCUGAGGGUCAAGGAGAGAUGUUGCAGAGGAAUGCCAGUGCUUCAGGACACCAGGCGGACUCGCCUCUUGGGCGCACUCAAGUGACUGUUGAAAACCCGUCUCUCCAGCGUUACACCGGGGGCCUAAAUUCACAGACCAAUGGAUGUCGAAACGGGACCAGCGACGAGGCAGAUGCUCGAUUAAAACCAUCCCCAUCCAAGCAGCAAGCCGAGCAUCUGAGCACAGGUCUAGCAUCGCAUUCUGCCAAGGGUAGCAGCUCCUCGAUACCUUACAUUGACUGCAGUGAUAUAGAUAGUGAAUACGAUGUGGUUAACGGCCGCAUCACCAGGUCUCACUCACACACACAUGACAAUGAUGAGGUUGAGCCAACAGGCCGUAGAAUACGCAAUGGUUAUGGAACUGGCCAACACAAUGGGGCAAGCAAGUCCAGAUUUAGGGAGUCUCCUUUGAAUACUCGCCGGUUGGCUCAGAGUUCAGAUUCUUUCAAUGGUAGUCAGAUAUCUAAUGGGUCGUUUUGUGGUAACGGAUCACCACGUGCUAUGCCUCUAAGCAGUACCUUGGUGGAUGAAUUGUUUCAAGGUAUGGAUAGACGUGGUUUGGUGUCACCUGCUUCUCAUUUAGUUGGUUCCCGAAGUGCAAACUGUAGUCCGGUGAUGAGCAGUUUUCAUAAAACAAGCUCCCUGAACAAUCCAGAACAGAUUGGGUAUAGUGGUCGCAGACGAUGGGAUGAUGGUAGCCAUUACCUUAGCAAUGGUGGAUCUGGGAGCGAGGCUCAGCAUUAUGGGAGCUACUCCCCAAUUGUCAAUCGAUCUCCACACUUGCAGAAACUCCAAAACGGCAUGCGCAACCGUUCUGACACCGAUCCCAUGAUUCUAAGCAAGUUGAGUUCAACCAAUGAGCCUCGAUCUUUGGUCUCCAGGGCUGAACGUAUGGCUGCAAUUGAGAGGCGUGUGGCUGCUAAUGGGAUUGGAACAUCCGGCCAAUCUCGAUCCAGCAAUGUCCAGCGCCUGUAUGGAAGCAGGCUGAGUGCUAAUGAUCACAGUAGCCCUGUGCAUAUGAUUGAUGGUUCUACUAGUAGUGGAACUGAGUCUAGUGAUACUGAGUCGGAUGCAGGCAGCAACUCCUACUGUCAGCCCCUUGUCUAUGGAAACCCUGGGGCGGCCAAUUCUUCCCCUUUGCCCCAGAGCAAGUUCUCCUUUGGCGGUCUACAACUGGAGGAUGAGGGCCAAGGGGGAGAUGAUGGAUAUAGGUAUCCCAUCAUUGAUGAGGAUGGGGCACAGUUAUUCAACUGUCCAGUGAGCUGCAGUCCUCAGCACAGCGAGUCUCCGUCUGCAGGACAGCGGAUGGUGAACGGCCAGAAGCAGAGUCUGAGCGUCGGCCAGAGUCCUGACGGACGGCAGCCCUCUCCUCUCACCAGCCCGCUACUGAACGACGCCGGAUUCAUCCGCGCAGACGACGAGGACGAGGUUCGGAGGAAGCAGGAAGGCAGAUCAAACGCACACAUCAAAGGAGAUUACCAGCGCGUCGGUGAUGUCAUGCUCAAGAACAUCCAGGGCCUGAAGCUGCUGUCAGCUCAUCUUCAGAAGCACUCCGAGUCUCUGCUGGAGUUGGAGCAGUCGUGCCGCUCGUCCCGCCGGCUGGAGGUGUUGUGUCGAGACUUCGAGCUGCAGAAGGUGUGUUACCUCCCGCUCAACAUCUUCUUCCUGCGCCCGCUGCACCGCCUGCUACACUACAAGCAGAUCCUGGAGCGCCUCUGCAAACACUACCCUCCGACACACGAUGACUUCAGAGACUCACGAGCUGCGCUGGCGGACGUCUCUGAGCUGGUUCUUCAGCUUCACUCCACACUCAUGAAGAUGGAGAAUUUCCAGAAGCUUCUGGAGCUCAAGAAAGAUCUGGUGGGCAUCGACAGCCUCGCUGCUCCCGGACGGGAGUUCAUCAGGCUCGGCUGUCUCAGCAAACUCUCUGGAAAAGGCCUCCAGCAGAGGAUGUUCUUCCUGUUCAGUGAUGUUGUGAUGUACACAAGUCGAGGGAUGACGGCCUCCAAUCAGUUUAAAGUUCACGGUCAGCUUCCUCUCUACGGCAUGACGAUUCGGGAGAGCGAGGACGAGUGGGGCGUCCCAUAUUCCUUCACUCUGUUUGGACAGCGGCAGUCUGUCGUCGUCGCUGCCAGCUCAGCGUCAGAGAUGGAAAAGUGGAUGGAGGACAUCAGGAUGGCCAUCGAGCUGGCAGACAAGAGCAACGGGCCGACCACUGAGAUCCUGUCCAGCAGCUUCAGUGACAGCAAGCCUCCUGAAGACUGUAGCGCAGACCAGGAGUCAGAGGAUGACCUCAGCUCCUCUCGAUCCUCUCUGGAGCGCCAGACUCCUCACCGUGGUAAUACUACGGUACACGUCUGCUGGCACCGCAGCACCAGCGUGUCCAUGGUGGACUUUAGCGUAGCGCUGGAGAAUCAGUUGUCUGGUAAUCUGCUGAGGAAGUUCAAGAACAGCAACGGCUGGCAGAAGUUAUGGGUGGUUUUCACAAACUUCAGUCUGUUCUUCUACAAGACACACCAGGAUGAGUAUCCACUGGCCAGUCUCCCUCUGCUGGGUUACUCCAUCACCAUUCCCUCAGAGUCAGAAAACAUCCACAAGGAUUACGUCUUCAAGCUGCAUUUCAAAUCACACGUCUAUUAUUUCAGAUCGGAGAGCGAGUACACGUUUGAGAGGUGGAUGGAGGUGAUCCGCAGCGCCACCUGCUCCUCCAGUGUCCUUCGCUCCUCCAGCCGGAAAGAUCCGCUGGUGUACUGACCAAAGACACGUCUGUCCUCAAUCAGGUCCUCUUUCUAUCUGCUUCAUCCCCCAUUCCUAACUCUAUUGACCGUCUCAGAAUACUCUGACGGGUUCAGAUGUGAAGUAAAGCAGAAACACACACACACAGACGUCAGUGUGAAACGGUGCUGUCAGGAACACACUCAACAUGAAGAUGGUUAUGAUGAAUGUGAAGUGGAUUAUUUGUGACAGUGCUUUUGUAAGUGUUUUUAUGGAUGCUGCAGUGAAUGUGAGCCAUUGGUUUAUUGCGACGGUUUCCUGAUUUUUACACGCAGAAACACCUCAGCUUCAUAUUAAACAUCAGAUUCAGAUUCAGAUGUAGUGUUGAUGCUUUUGAGUCUUUAGAAAAUGGCAAAAGAUGUGCAGAACUUAUAACUGACAUGGGAAAGAUAGAUUUUUGUUGUAUGUUUGUUUUAGUUUUUCUUUUCUUAAAGGGACAGUUCACCCAAAUAUGACAAUUCUGUCAUUAUUUAAUUCAUGCGUUUCUAAAAAACUUAUUUCUUUUGUUAAACACAAAGGAAGAUAUUCUGAAGAAUGUUGAAGAAAAAAAACAGCCAUUAACUUUUUAAUAUUUUUUGUUCCUACUAAAAAGCGAUUGGUUGAGUAAACCUGUUGCCUUAAAGUUAAGUAAAUUAACUAUGUGCAAAUUUAUCAAAAUUAAGUUGUGCAUUUAGUUCAGGUUUAUUCACUUUAUUUAAUUAUAGUAACUAAUUGCAUUUUACAGUGUGCUUUUGUUCCAACAUACUCAUGUUGUUUUGUAAAUAACAACAGAGAUGUCUGUUUAUUGGGAGAACUGUGCCUUUAAGAACAUAUAUUAACUGUUUAUUGUGUUUAAAGGGAUAGUUCACUCAAAAAUUAAAACUUACUCGCUAUUUACUCUUAGUCAGGUAUGUCCAAACUCGGUCCUGGAGGGCCGGUGUCCUGCAGAUUUUAGCUCCAACUUGCCUCAACACACCUGCACGGUUGUUUCUAGAAAGCCUAGUAAGUGCUUGAUUAGCUAGCCCAGGUGUGUCUGAUUGGGGUUGGAACUAAACUUUGCAGGACACCGGCCCUCCAGGACCGAGCUUGGACAUGCCUGCUCUUAGUGGUUUCAAUCCUUCUGUUAAACACAAAAGAAGAUAUUUUGAAGAAUGCUGGAAACCUGUCACCAUUGACUUCCAUAGUGGGGAAAACAGAUACUAUAUAAAUCAAUGGCUGUACUGUAAAAAAGCAAGUAGUUGAGUGUGUGAGUAAACCUGUUGUCUUAAAAUUAUUAAAUAAACAAACUAUAUUGAUAAUUAUCAUAAUUUAGUUGUGCAUUUAGUUUAGGUUUAUUCGCUUUAUUUAAUUAUAGUAACUAAUUGCGUUUUGCAGUGUGCUUUUGUUCCAACAUACUCAUGUUGUUUUGUAAACGACAACAGAGAUGUCUGUUUAUUGGGUGAACUGUCCCUUUAAGAACAAACAUUAACUGUUAAUUGUGUUUAAAGGGAUAGUUCACUCAAAAAUGAAAACUUACUCGCUAAUUACUCUCCCUCAAGUAUGUUCAAUCUUUCUGUUGAACACAAAAGAAGAUAUUUUGAAGAAUGCUGGAAACCUGUAACCAUUGACUUCCACAGUAGGAUCCAUAGAUACUAUAGAAGUCAAUGGCUGCACUGUAAAAAAGCAAGUAGUUGAGUGUGUGAGUAAACCUGUUGCCUUAAAAUUAUUAAAUAAACAAACUAUGUUCAUAAUUAUCAAAAUUUAGUUGUGCAUUUAGUUCAGGUUUAUUCACUUUAUUUAAUUACAGUAACUAAUUGCGUUUACAGUGUGCUUUUGUUCCAACAUACUCCUGUUGUUUUGUAAAUGACAACAGAAAUGUCUGUUUAUUGGGUGAACUGUCCCUUUAAGAACAUAUAUUAACUGUUUAUUGUGUUUAAAGGGAUAGUUCACUCAAAAAUGAAAACUUACUCGCUAUUUACUCAGUGGUUUCAAUCCUUCUGUUAAACACAAAAGAAGAUAUUUUGAAGAAUGCUGGAAACCUGUAACCAUUGACUUCCACAGUAGGAUCCAUAGAUACUAUAGAAGUCAAUGGCUGUACUGUAAAAAAGCAUUUAGUUGAGUGUGUGAGUAAACCUGUUGCCUUAAAAUUAUUAAAUAAACAAACUAUAUUCAUAAUUAUCAAAAUUUAGUUGUGCAUUUAGUUCAGGUUUAUUCACUUUAUUUAAUUAUAGUAACUAAUUGCGCUUUACAGUGUGCUUUUGUUCUAACAUACUCCUGUUGUUUUGUAAAUGACAACAGAAAUGUCUGUUUAUUGGGUGAACUGUCCCUUUAAGAACAUAUAUUAACUGUUUAUUGUGUUUAAAGGGAUAGUUCACUGAAAAAUGAAAACUUACUCACUAAUUACUUUCCCUCAAGUGGGUUCAAUCCUUCUGUUGAACACAAAAGAAGAUAUUUUGAAGAAUGCUGGAAACCUGUAACCAUUGACUUCCAUAGUAGGAUCCAUAGAUACUAUAGAAGUCAAUGGCUGUACUGUAAAAAAGCAAGUAGUUGAGUGUGUGAGUAAACCUGUUGCCUUAAAAUUAUUAAAUAAACAAACUAUAUUCAUAAUUAUCAAAAUUUAGUUGUGCAUUUAGUUCAGGUUUAUUCGCUUUAUUUAAUUAUAGUAACUAAUUGCGUUUACAGUGUGCUUUUGUUCCAACAUACUCAUGUUGUUUUGUAAAUGACAACAGAGAUGUCUGUUUAUUGGGUGAACUGUCCCUUUAAGAACAAACAUGAACUGUUUAUUGUGUUUAAAGGGAUAGUUCACUCAAAAAUGAAGAUUUACUUACUAUUUACUCUCCCUCAAGUGGUUUAAAUCCUUCUGUUAAACACAAAAGAAGAUAUUUUGAAGAAUGCUGGAAACCUGUAACCAUUGACUUCCACAGUAGGAUCCAUAGAUACUAUAGAAAUCAAUGGCUGUACUGUAAAAAAGCAUUUAGUUGAGUCUACUUUAAAAAGUGAGUAAACCUGUUGCCUUAAACUUAUUAAAUAAAUAAACUACGUGCUUAAUUAUCUAAAUUAAGUUGUGCAUUUAGUUCAGGUUUACUCACUUUGUUUAUUAAUAGUAACUAAUUGCAUUUUACAGCGUGCUUUGCUCCAACACACUCAUCUUGUCUUGUAAAUGACUACAGAAAUCUCUGUUUUUGGGUGAACUGUCCCUUUAAGAACAUGUUUGUUUUGUUUAAAGGGAUAGUUCAACCAAAAAUUCAAAUGCACUUGCUACCCAUCACUACUCUUUAUGAGUUGCUUUCUACUGUUAAACACAAAUGAAGAUAUUUUGAAGAAUGCUAAAAACCUGUAACCAUUGACUUUCAUUGUAAAAACACAAAUACUUUUGAAAUCAAUGGCUGUUUUUUCCAGCAUACUUCAGCUUUGUGUUCAACAGAAGAAAGAAACUCUAACAGGUCUGGAACAAGUGGCGGAUGAGGACAUAUUUGCGUGAACUACCCCUUUAUUAGAAAAUGGACCAUAAAUACUUCUACAUUACAGUGAAAUAUUUAGAUAAAUGAGUCAGAAAAUGUCACAAGGACCAAAAAUAGUUUAUUUUUAUUUUCAUUAUUGAGUUUUUGAUGCAAAUCAAAACGUUCAAAGUCCAUUUUUAGAACUAAUUAACUUUUUUUGUCUUAAUUUUACACUAUAUUUUUAUUUGUGCGGAGUUGAAUGGAUCUGGAUGUGUUUUCUGCAGUAUCUGUGUGUUGUUUGGGCUGGGCUUCUGGAUCUCCUAAAGCUUGAUCUCUGCUGGCCAGUGUUUCUACUUCACUCCUGCCCUUUUUUUUAACAGGACGGCCUUUUUAUACUCGUUUUUGAUACGAACUGUGAACCGAUCCUGUUUAUUCUGUCCUGAAAACACGAGCAGUUUCUCUCUGAAGGAAGCGCUGCCUUUUCUCCAGACUGCUCCAGUGCCAAAAUGAUUCCUCUCCCCUUUUUUUAAGCAUUUUAAAUCUUUCUUAAUGCACAUAUAUAUAAAUAUAUAUUGAAACAAAAACACACACAAUAUGGAUUAUAUGUUGGCGGAAGUGUACUGUAUGUUUGACUAUGUUUGGAAUAAAUCCAUAUCUAUACUACA